CAUGGGGCUCUACGCUACAGCCGCGGCGGUGCUGGCCGGCGUGGAAAGCCGCCAAGGCUCCCUCAAGGGGCUGGUGUAUUCCAGCAACUUCCAGAACCUGAAGCAGUUGUACGCGCUGGUGUGCGAGACGCAGCGCUACUCGGCCGUGCUGGACGCCGUGAUCGCCAGCGCCGGGCUCCUCCGCGCCGAGAAGAAGCUGCGGCCGCACCUCGCCAAGGUGCUAGUGUAUGAAUUGCUGCUGGGGAAGGGGUUUCGAGGGGGUGGAGGCCGAUGGAAGGCUCUGCUGGGCCGGCACCAGGCAAGGCUCAAGGCCGAGCUGGCCCGACUCAAGGUUCAUCGGGGUGUGAGCCGAAACGAAGAUCUGUUACAAGAGAGAUCCAAACCUGGCCAAGCCUACCAGGUACCACGGUUCGUGCGUGUGAACACACUCAAGACCUGCCCUGAGGAUGCGAUUGAUUAUUUCAAGAGACAAGGUUUCUCCUACCAGGGUCGGGCUUCCAGGCAGGGGAUGAGGCUACAGACCUGUCAUUCCAGCGCUGGGAAGCUGAGCCUGGAGGACUUGCGAAGUCUCAAAGGGCAACAUUUUCUUUUGGAUCCCUUGCUGCCCGAGCUCCUCGUAUUUCCUGCACAGACAGAUCUGCAUGAGCACCCGCUCUACCGUGCUGGCCAUCUCAUCCUACAGGAUAAGGCCAGCUGCCUCCCAGCCAUGCUGCUGUCUCCCCCACCAGGCUCCCAUGUCAUUGAUGCCUGUGCUGCCCCUGGCAACAAGACCAGCUACAUUGCAGCCCUUCUGAAGAACCAGGGGAAGAUCUUUGCUUUUGACCAGGAUGCUAAGCGGCUGGCAGCCAUGGCUACGCUGCUGGCUCGGGCUGGGGUCUCUUGCUGCGAGUUAGCAGAGAAGGACUUCCUGACAGUUUCUCCCUCUGACCCGCGUUACGGCCAGGUCCAGUACAUCUUGCUGGACCCUUCUUGUAGUGGCUCUGGCAUGCUGAGCCGGCAGCUGGAGGAACAUGGGGAAGGCACACCUAGCAAGGAGCGCUUGCAGGCCUUGGCAGGGUUCCAGCAGCGGGCUCUGUGCCAUGCACUCAGGUUCCCCUCUCUGCAACGCCUAGUCUACUCCACAUGUUCUUUUUGCCAAGAAGAGAAUGAAGACGUGGUCCAAGAGGCUCUACAGCAGAACUCGGGGACAUUCAGACUGGCUCCUGUUCUACCCACAUGGCCUCACCGAGGUCUGAGUACCUUUCCAGGGUCUGAGCACUGCCUCCGGGCUUCCCCCGAGACCACUCUCACUGGUGGCUUCUUCAUUGCUGUGUUUGAACGUGCAGAGGUAGUGCCGAGCCCAGCUCCACAGACCAAUGCAGUAGCUCCAGAACCUCUCAGCCAAGCCCCAAAGAGAAAGAGAAGACGCAGAGCAGCAGCAGGUGGCAGCACACAGCCAAGCACAUAGGCACUGAGUGCCCCACAGCCAGCAGAAUCAUCCUAGUGGGGACCCUGCUCAUCUGGGAGAGACAGUGAUAUCCUGGCACUCUGUCCUUCACUGGACAGUCCUCCCAGUCUUUGCUUCACAAAUAAAGGGCAAACUCAGAUUUA